AUGUUAAGUUUAUGUCACAUGGAAAUGCUUUCAAAAAAAGUCUGUUCUUCCUCUGCUCUUCAUAAGAAUUCAAUAACCAGGACUAUUCAGCAGCUUGCUUUUUCAAAACCGCACCAACAACCAUUUCAUCCAUUCACAACUUCCACUUCUCAAGUUUCAACCAUGCUCACUCCUCAGCAAGUACAAGAUUUGGAAAUUGUGCCAAACAUGUUUCCCUCAGUGGAUUCCAUUGAUCAAGGAGACGGUUUUUCUAUGGAAAUUCUUUACAAUAAUGAAAAAGUUUCGUAUGGAAGUAAAAUGACUCCUUCCCAGGUGAAACAUGAACCCACCGUUCACAUUACAGUCAAAGAUCUCAACAAGUAUCAGCCUGGACAUUUCUUUACUUUGAUUAUGAGUGAUCCGGAUGCUCCUUCUAGAAGAGAUCCCAAAUGCCGUGAGUGGCUGCAUUGGAUUAAGGCUAAUAUGAAAAUUAAUAACGACGGAUCAGUGAGUAUGAAAGAAGUUUCCAAUGUUGCAGAUUAUAUGGGCUCUGCACCACCCAAAGGAACAGGAUAUCAUCGAUAUGUAUUUUCAUUGUUUUAUCAUGUUGGAAAAUUGGUGCAUCUGAAAGAACAUCAUUGGGGACCUUCGAAUGAGAGUCGUGCCUGCUUUCUCGCUUCUCAAUUUGCUAAAAAUCAUCACAUGCAUGAUCCAGUCGCUAUUGGUUGUUUUGAGGCUUCUCAUGAGUAA